CGACGCUGUUGAACAGCGACAAGUGGACGACCUGAGUUCCCCAUACAGCCCAGAAUCCCUCUCUGGACUUUCUUUAAGAACGUUAAGCCUUUUUUUUUUUUGCACGGAUAGUUUAGUUUUAGCUAAAGAGCUCUUUUUUCUUUCUUUCUUUCUUUCUUUCUUUUUUUUUAAAGAACACACUGAUUGGACUGUGCAUGAGUUUCAGGAUGAGCAGCACUGAGGGUCUGUUUUUCUCGGCUCUGCAGCCGCACACAGCUGUGAGCACAUACGCUGUACCGGAUGACCGCGAGCUCACCGUGGACCGGCAGACCAAGGAGAAGCGCGUGCAGCAGCAGGUCCAACAGCGGCUCGCGCAAAAAGCGUCAUCAGAAUAUAGUGGCAUAUCCAUGAUGAGGUACAACAGCCACGGGACUGGAAUGAACUUGAAGACACUUGCGUACAAUGGCAGCAGAAUGACAAACCCACGUUUGCAUCGGGUUGCUGGAGAUUUCUCCUCACGUUCAGCUGUGGAAAUGAGCACGCAGCGCAGAGUCAGCCUUGGCACCCCCAUGCCCGCUGUUGUGGGCCGCCCGUACAGAUAUCAUGAUGACGCCUACAAUGGAGGGCAUAAUAUUGGCCAGGUAAAUCGAGUGGAGCAGGAAGCAGGUUUGCAGUUGAUGCAAGGGCAACCUUCUCCCAGUGGCACCUGGGGAACUCUGGAGGGUAUGACCACUUCUGAGCAUCGCUCCUUCUACGGCCAUAGCCCGUUGCCCACUGUGUCGCCUAUGAGACGCAGCCUCAGUGGUACACUAGUGCAUGACGGUAUUGGCAGAGGAUGGAAGGAGGCAGAGCUUGUUCAUCAGUCUUCUUCCAAAGGCCCAGCCCACCGCACCCUGAUGCGCAUGAAUAACCGGCAGAUGCAGCAGCAGAGGAUGGGCAACAACACUAUUCAGUGGCAGCAGACAUCCACUGGGGGCAACACCAUGAUGGUCGGAGGGCAGUAUCCCAGUAUGAUGAAGCGAGCAGGAUCAGUGCACAGCCUGAAGAGCGUCGGCCGAGGGGUGGAUGUGUGUGAUGCAGUGGCUGAUGGCAGGGACAUUCCUGGAGGACUCCACGGCCUGGACAUGACGACUGCAGUCAGUUAUCUCAGCUCAGCAGAUGUUGCCAUGCAAAUGCUUGGAGCCGCCUACAUUCAGCAUCAGUGUUACCAUAGUAAUGACGCCAAGGAUCUGGUACGAAAUCUGAAGGGGAUCCCUGCACUAGUGCAGUUAUACAGCAGUGAGAACCAGGAAGUGCAACGGUACGCUACAGGAGCCACACGCAACCUCAUCUAUGAGAACAUGGAAAACAAGACGGCACUAAUCGAGGCUGGUGGUAUCAGCAAAUUGGUCUCUGCAUUGAAGGAGCUAGAUGAUGAGCUUCGCAAGAACGUUACAGGUAUUUUGUGGAACUUGUCGUCUAAGGACAGUUUGAAGGAGAAGUUGGCGAGGGAGAGUCUAGCCGAGCUGACCGAGCGAGUGCUGAUUCCUCUGUCAGGAGGUGGAGACUCUGGAGUUAUCCAGCAGAGCCAGUCUGAAACAGACAUAUUCUACAACACUACAGGCUGUCUUAGAAACCUGAGCUCGGUGAAUGGGAGGACCAGGCAGCAGAUGAGAGACACUCGUGGCCUUGUGGACUCUCUCGUAGGAUACGUACAGAACUCUCUGCAGGAGGGCAAGGUUGAGGACAAGGGUGUAGAGAACUGUGUAUGUGUCCUGAGAAACCUGUCCUACCAGCUGUACUCGGAGAUCCCCACAUCAGUGCAGCAGCGUCUGGAGGGUCCAACACGAGCCCAGGGCACACAACGCAGAGACGCCAUCGGCUGCUUCACUCCACAGAGCAAGAAGACCAAGGAUAAAUGGAACCACGAACUGUCCACGUUGUCCGAGGUAGCUCGAGUACCAAAGGGAGCUGAGUGGAUUUGGCAUCCUCAGAUCGUUGGGUUGUACAACCAAGUGCUGCAAAACUAUGAGAUGAACAACACUACCCGUGAGGCUACACUUGGGGCCUUACAAAACAUUACAGCAGGGGAAGGCCGGUGGGCGUCGGUGUUGAGUCGGGUAGCCCUGGAACAGGAACGGAUGUUACCUGUGAUUCUGGAUCAGCUGAGAACCCCAACAGAUGCUGAGCUGCGUUCUCUCACCGGCCUGUUGAGAAAUCUGUCCCGGCACUCCAGGGACAAGUCAGAUAUGGCUACAAAAGUGGUGAAUGUUCUUGUUCCCAAGCUGCCUAGUGAUGGACAUCAGAAAGAGCCAUCCAGCGAUGUGGUCGUCAACAUCUGCGGUAUUCUCAAUAACCUGGUCAUGGCGAGUUCACUGGCUGCAAGAGAUGUGACUUAUUUUGAUGGAGUGCCCAAACUGAUUGGAAUCAAGACAUCUCAUGACAACAGUCCAGGGAAGGUGAAGGCAGCUAAGGCCGCCUCCACAGUGUUGUGUAACAUGUUUCAUUACAGCAAGCUUCAUAAAGACUACAAGCAGAAGGGAUUCACGAGACGAGACUUUACUGAUACAAUCUGAUGUCACAUUUUUGAAAUACCAAAUGUUUGGACCUGCGUGAAACUUCAAAUUAACACAAUAACCAAGUCGUCCAUCAAGCUCAACAUGAAGGGAGGUGUUCUGAGGAUGUGCCUCAAACCUUUGGACUGAGAUUGAGUACUUUUCUUUCUUUCUUUUUUUUUUCCCCCUCAAGUUUGACUGCUGUGGAUUUCUGGGAAGAAGACUUUUUUUUUUCUUCCACUGGAGUGGGAUGAAACUGGAUGACGAUUUUGGAUCAGCACCAUUUUAUAUAAGGAGUAAUUAAUAUUGUGGACUGCUUUUGCUGACUUUCAAUUCAGCAGCAUGAGCAUACACCCAUCCAUGAUCACGAUGAAGGAACUGGCGAGGAAAAGAAGGGUUGUGCUAUGUCUAGUAGCCGUGUGUGUGUGUGUGUGAAUGCUUUUAUCUCUCAGUAGACAUGACGCAGUGUUGAAGUAUUCUUGGAGGGUUUUUCCCCCGUUUUAUUUGUCAUGAACAUUUUCAACUGUUUUGGUUGCCCACAAUAUUUUAGACAUUUUAGAGUUGUAUUAAAAUAAAAACAAAACCCUGUAAAUUCAUAUUUGUUUCCUGGACAAUCCGAAAGAAAGACACUCUAGUAUUUUGAACUGGGACUGAAUCUCAGUUGUGCCUUUGAGAAAAACAAGAUUGUGUGUGUGUCAUUUGGGAUGGGAUUUAAUGUUAAGCUUGCACUGUAGCUCUCUUUUGUGAAGGGAUGUACUUCUGGCUAGCCACCUAGUCACACAACAUUUUCUUCUAAGCUUGUUGAGAUGCUUAGCAGUGCUGUGUAUGGGGACGGAAGAAGGAGAAGAAAAAAAGGUGGUGCCUAGUAUAGUCAUGCAGUUCCAAAGAUUUGGAGUUGAAACAAAAAGGUAUUUUAAAUCAAGUUUAUUUGCUCCUAAUGCUUGAUUUAUUGCUGUUGCUUUUUCUCCAUCACGCCGUAGGCUUUGCUGGUUGAUGUUUAUUAACCAAAGAGAUUUGAGUGUUCACUUAUUUUUGUCAUAGAACGGUUUCAGCUUACAGUAACAAAUUAUUAUUAGUAUAGCAUCUGUAACAGAACGGACUGAAACAAAAGUAUAUCAUUAUUACGAGACUGUAAUGGUACUCUGACAAUGUUUAUCUUAACACAUUAACCAAAAACAUGGCGUCACGUUGCCAAUUUAAACAUUACACGUCCAUUCUAUAAUUAAAGGUUCUGACUGCAAAGUUGAAUUCUGGGCAAAAAUGUUCUAUUGCUGUUGGAGUUUCAAGAUGUUUUGCCGAGAUGAUAAGUGUCCCACGUUUUAUGAUUCUAGAGAUUGCCGAAGCAUGUGAGCAACAAUAUUACAUGACUACCGUGGGGCGUUUGAUCUACUUUUAACCAAAGUAAGUCAGUGUGGGCAAAACAUGGUGGACUUUGCUCUCCCGCCAGCGGAAAAGAAAAGGAAAGCCUGCCUAGUGAGUGUAACUGCAAGGUUAGAGGACAUUAUUUUUCUGGACAGAUAACAACUAAAUCAUUCUAGCUAGCACUUAGCUAUCUUAGCCUUAGAAUGCGUGGGCUGAACUCCAUGGUAGCGAAUAUGGAGUUAUACACCUAAAGUUUUGAUCUUACAGAGAAAGAAACGAUAACAGAAAAGCACUAACAGAGAAAAGAUGUCUGUUUUUUUGUUUCACGGAUCUAUUCGUGAACGUUAACCACAAAUUCCAUACCUGCGACACAAAACUCCGAGAAAGAUGCAGAGUCGCAAUGUUUUCCGCACAUCGCCAUCUUGGUGUGAUGCAGUUCCAUAGUUAUGCUAAUUAGUUAAAGCUCCUUGCAUUCAGCUGUUUGUCGGGCCAUACUGUUUACCUCAAGACGUAGGAUAUUUGGUCCCAAAACGGAGAAAAGCGACCCUCAACACGUCAAAAUGAUCACAUCUCGUCUGAACGAUAUUGUUCUUGCGAGACAUAGCCAUGGGCAAUAAAAAAAAAAAAGUGAAAGUUUCAGAUGAGUUUGCAGUCAGCACCUUUUAACAUCAUGAUCAUCUCAUAAAGACAACUGAACAAAUUAACCUUCGACAUUAUUACCAGGAUUAAAGUCGUAUUUUGUUAGUUUUUACUAAAAUUGUUUUAGCAUGUUUACUUGUUUCACCUUGAACUUUCUCUCUCACGCUGAUGACCAUCUGUGUAUCAAAAGCACAUUGUUCCGGGUGAUGUUUUCCAAACAUGUGAGAAGAUUUAAAGGUCGGCAGGAUACACAUUUCUCUCACUAGGCAGUGACCAGACAGACAACCCUUUACACAGUCUGUCUGUUGUAUGAGUGCAAAUGGUAAUAGCUGUAUGAAAAGGGUGUUUUGGAAAAAUCAUUGGAAAUAACAGAAGACUGAGAGAUGUGAAAGGAACAGAUCAAAAACAGAUGUCAGGAAGCUGAUGGUCUUUAGCCAAAAAUGCCGACCUUGGGGCUUGGCUUGACCUUAUCUCGAAUGCUUGUUAUUAUCUCUGUGUAGGCCAUUGAGGGAGAAUGAUGGAUAAUGGGGGCAGAAAAAGAAGAGGGAGUUACAUUGUGUAAAAUAUUGAGAUAAAUGAAUGUCAGAGAGCGCAAUAUUAUCAACCUUAAUCUCAAUAAAAAACACUUUCACAAUUGA